AUGGCCACUUUACAUCCCCCGAAUGCAAAUCAUCCGUCCGAGUCUAUUCCAGACGCUGCAUAUCCGAACGACUCUCCUUUUCGACCAAGCAAUAACUUGUCGCAAGCCAUGGUCUCUCCUCUUACCAUCCCUCCUCCAAGCGCAUCAGGAUCAACAUCGACACCAUCAUCACAACCACCUGUCUUCGGCGCCAGUGUCCCCGCCUACUCGGGUCCAGUAACCUCAUCAUCCCCAUGGUCUCCUGAAAUUCCAUCCAGCCCACCACCGCCAUAUGACCCGACUCGUCCACCAGCGAUAUACUCCCCUCUGGAACCACCAUUGUCAAUCUCCUCGCCACCGCCUCAAUACCCGCCGUCGACGCCAUGGCCAUACCCACACGGCGGAUCGCUCAACGGGAGUAUCAACGGCGUAUCACAUAAGAUGGGACCGGUGGCCGCAGCUCGGGCGCGGCGGAGGCGCAAGAUGCAGUUGAUAGCUCUGGCGCUUUGCGCUGUGAUGAUGAUCAUCUUUGCGCUGAUCAUGGGUGUUCUGAUGGGUAUCGUGAAGUUGCAAUGGAAGGGUGACGAUGAUGACGACUAG